AGCAUGCAACAGACAACUUAGUGCAACUUUUGAUCACACGCAUAAACCUCUGUGCACCAACGGGAUUUAACUUUUCGGCAAGGAAACUUACUUCGAUUUUCAUAUUAGUAUAUUUUUUAAUCGGUCAUUAUAAAGAGCAUGUUUUUUGCAACUGUAAUAAUAUCAUAACCAGCACUUGUCUUAAUUUAUUAUCGUGUUUUUUUAUUCUUCAUAUCUUUACUAUUAUUUAAUUCAGACUACGUUAUUUGUGAAUUGUUACUUAAUUCAUAAAAAUUAGUUAUUCGAUAAGAAAACUUUUUGGAGGUGUGAAAUACAGCUGCUUCUUUUAUUUCUGAGCUGUCGCGUGACGCUUUUGGUUAACCCUUGUAAAAUGAAGCAUUUGAAAUUUGUACUCCUGUUGGUCAUAGCGGCCAAUUUUUGGGAAUGCAGUGAUGCUAAAUUCGGCGAAAAAGGAGAAUUAAGUCCAAGGAGGAAGAGAUGUAACGAUGGAAGUCUGCCGAAACGCUUGAACAAGAAGGAUAGGAAACUGUCACUGGAGGGAAGCGGCGGAGGGGAGUUUUGUCACGGGCUCUAUCCUCGCAUGUCCUGCUGUCCGUCCAGGAGGGCUCCGUAUCAGAUACACCAUCGGAGAGAUGUACGGAUCUUCUCAACCAAUAACACAGAGUGUUCUAGACUGCUCCAGGAGAUUAAGUGUGCCCAUUGCUCACCACAUGCCCAGAUGCUCUUCCACUCACCCAAACUUGACAAAGCACCACACAGAGAGCAAGACCUACCCCGUUUAUGCCAGGACUACUGCCAAGAGUUCUACUACACCUGCCGGGGGCAUGUACCAGAACUGUUCCAAGCUGACGUGGAUGAGUUCUGCCAGUACUACGGAAGGAGGGACGGAGGCCUGUGCUUUCCAGAUUUUCACCGAAAGCAAUUGCGCAGAGAUUCCAACUAUCUGUUAGAUGAUAACAUAGAAGUGACAAACAGAAAACAUAAACACAACUGCUACUGUGCUCAGGAGAUCCUUGGUAGUCUUCGGCAGCCUGUUAAUGUGGUGCAUUGUGGGGAUGGAUCACAGCGCCUUUUCAUUUUGGAGAAAGAAGGCUUUGUCAGGAUCCUAACACAUGAUGUGGAGCUCCUAAAAGAACCUUUUCUGGACAUUCAUAAGUUGGUCCAAAGUGGCAUAAAGGGAGGAGAUGAAAGGGGCUUGCUAAGCCUUGCAUUCCACCCCAAUUAUAAGAAAAAUGGAAAGCUCUACAUCUCCUACACGACCAACCAGGAGCGCUGGGCUAUUGGACCACAUGACCACAUUCUUCGUGUGGUCGAGUACACAGUGUCCAGGAAAAAUCCCAACCAGGUGGACAUGAGGACUCUCCGAGUUCUAAUGGAAGUAGCAGAGCUCCACCGCAAGCAUCUGGGAGGGCAGCUUCUGUUUGGGCCUGAUGGACUUCUGCACAUCUUUAUAGGUGAUGGCAUGAUCACUUUGGAUGAUAUGGAGGAGAUGGACGGUCUGAGUGAUUUUACAGGAUCUGUCCUUAGGGUAGACGUGGACACGGACUGUUGUAAUGCCCCUUACUCUAUACCCAGAAACAACCCCUAUUUCAACAGCACCAAUCAGCCCCCUGAAAUCUUUGCUCAUGGAGUGCAUGACCCAGGAAGGUGUGCAGUGGACAAGUUCCACAUGGACACCAAUGGCAGUCUGCUGAUCCUGUGCACCGACACUGUUGGAAAAAAUACAACAACGGGCAGAAUCCUGCAGGUCAUCAAAGGGAAAGACUAUGAAAAUGAGCCAUCUAUGUUUGACAUGGGGUCAAACGGAGGUGCAACACCAGUCGGUGGAUUCAUCUACAGAGGGUGUCAGUCAAGAAGACUUUAUGGAAGUUACAUAUUUGGUGACAAAAAUGGAAAUUUUAGAAUUCUUCAGAGGCCUUCAGAAGACAGGUCGUGGCAAGAGAAGCCUCUUUGUCUUGGUAGUAGCAGUUCCUGUGGUUCCUCGUUGGUUGGCCACAUCCUGGGGUUUGGUGAAGAUGAAUUAGGUGAGGUCUACAUCCUUGCCUCGAGCAAAAGCAUGGCAACACAAUCACACAGCGGAAAGCUCUACAAGUUGGUGGAUCCCAAAAGACCACAGUUCCCUAAGGAGUGUAGACGUCCGGUCGAGGAUCCAGAGAUGCUUAGCACAGUUUGUUCCCGUGAAUGCAAGAACGGCUAUUGCACACCCACUGGCAAGUGCUGCUGCAGUUCUGGCUGGGAGGGUCCCUUCUGCUUAAGAGCCAAGUGCGAACCCGCCUGUCGCAAUGGUGGGGUCUGCAUGGAGCCCAACAAGUGUCUCUGCAAGGAAGGUUUCUCAGGUACCCAAUGUGAGAAAGGAGAACGAGGCACACAAGGGGACAGUGAGAAAGACAGCUUCCUGGGACACAUCAUUGACAUGACUUCUUACCUGCUGGACUUCACCAGCUAUAUUGUAUAAAGAGCAUGGAAGGUUGAUAAUGUGCUCUACUCCAGUUGGCAGACUGAACGUUAAGGAGGCCUUUCAGAGUUUGCCUUCAGGACACCAUCCCCGAUCUCCAGCUGUCCCUCACCUGAUCCUCCUCUCCCACCACUGUUCUCUUUCAUGAGGCAAAGGCUUUUGAUCUUCAAGCUCCCCUGCACCAUCUCCCCUUCCCAACCCUGUGCACAAAUAUCCACAUGAAACAAUGACACAGUGUCCGUUGGAACCUCACUGCGCAUAGCUGAUGGGGUCGAAUGUUGGAGGUACUAUGCAGGAUUUACUGCUAUUAUAGAGGUUAUCCUGCUGGCUGCAACCCAGAGUUUUUACUACUGGUAUGGUGUGUAAAGUCUGGUCAACUUUAAAGUCAAGUGUCGCUUCAACAAAAACUGUCGGAGGACUCGCAAAGCACUGGAGGCCCCACAUGAGAACAACUUGGAUGUUCGGUCCAACCCCAAAAUGUGCACCAGUUUGAACUAUAGGACUCUAGAAAUAGAAGGCUAAAUAAGAUUUCAGGGGCAGGAUGUGAAGCAUAACAAAGCUCAUUUAGGAAAGUCAAAAGAACAGUCUACCAAACUGAACUGCACCAUAACAAAAAUAUUGCCAUGGAUUCACAGGCUGUUUGAAGAACAGGGGAAGUAGCAUCAGAGAAAAUGCUGUCAACACAGCAUGCCACAAUACAACUGUUUUAUCUAGGAGGUAUAACUGGAGAAUGGGACUUGAUGCCAGUUUACAUGCUGUUUAAAAUAAGGAUCUGCGAAAAAGUCUUCAGUUUUCUUUAUAUAAUUGCUAAAACAAUCAAUGAGGAUUGUGAUAAGUCAAAACUGAAAUUUGGUUGUAUCCCAUUGAUGUUUCGUCAAGCUGAAAACAUAAAGUGAAUUCGUAAGAAUGUUUUGACAGUCACUUUGAUUAAUAUAAUACAUAUGACAAGUUGGAGAUAACAUACUAGUUUGCAAAGGAAAAUGCCUCUAAGAAGUCACUGCUCUGGUUAAAGUUGCAGUAUCAGCUAUACUAUUUUCCAAGUUAUUCAUGACCAUGCACGCUGCUUUUAUUGCAAAUUGUAGAUUUUAUCACAUUUACAAAUCCUCAUAUAUCUUGUUUCUGUGUAAAGUCAAACAGUUUUUAAUUUGGAAGACCCUCAAAAGGUUUUAAAAAAUUACAUUACAAUCUUGCUGUAUAUUCACAGGUUGUUUUGUCUUUCACAUUAGGCAAGCUUCAUUUAUUGUUCUUCAUGACAGUUUGUUUUUUUUUAAACCACAAACCAUAUUCAGUUUUAUACAUAUAUAUUUAAUUUACAAAAGGGAACAAGACUGUUGACUGGUGUAUAUUUCAUAUGGUUCUAUACUGAGAUGUGUACUACUUACACAUGCCAUUGUUUUGAUAGAGGAGGGUUUAUGUUUUAAGGAAUAAUAUAUGAGAGAGGAGGGUGUAAGCAGUGUUGUGUUAUUUUUUUUUUUAUUUUACCUAUAGACUUCACAAAUUCACUGAAGAAAUGACAUACCAAAUUCUAAUUUAAAGAUAUAACAUUGCUCUCUCACUAUCAAGAGUGCUUUGACAGAAAAAAAAAAGAAAGAAAAAAACUAAUUAAACCUAGAUCUUUGUUUCAGACUUUGGGAUGUUUUUUCUAAAACCAGACUCAAGCUAUAAUUUUAGAGCCAGUUAUUCUCUGAGUAGAAGAUUAUACAAGAGUGAUGUCAAGUAAGAUGUCCUCAUCAAGAUGCCAUAGAAUCCCUCCAAAGGGAAAUUAUAUUUUUAUACAUAUUCUGUAGAAGCUCUUGGUUGCGCUCUAUCCAACAAAUGAACAAGCAAAAUGCACAAGUUUUUUUUAAGCACACCAUUUUUAUUUUUUUUCCUGAUAGGGGAACUAGAAACUAGAAAUGGGACCACCAAUGCAUUCUGUUGAUCAGCUUUAGGCUCAUUUGUAACCAGUUAUAUUCAGUCAUUUACACACACCCCUUAUUUUGAUGUGCCUCUUGUAAGAGUGUCAUUUGUUCUUCAAGGUCACCUUUAGAAGUUAGGUGUAUUCAAUGUAUUAUCACUUAUGUCUCCCAAAGAAAAGGAUACCAGCAGCAAACCACAAGUGUUUAUGACUUUCUAUUCAGUUACUUGUUACGGUAAGUGUAAGGAAUCCUGUAAAUCAUUUUUAGCACUUAAUGUGAAACCUGCAUUGGAGCUGCUGGGAAGGUGUCAUGUGAAUAACCCUGAUUCUUUUAUUAUUUAAGUAGUUACACCUUCAAGUUAUUUAAGUUGUCUACAAUGUGUUUUUCUGUUGUAUGUGAAGAAAUAUGAUCAUUUAUUGUAAAUAGAAGUAGGGUUAUCUUGGGGUCUUCUUUGAAUUAUCAAUAUGUUUAUUAAAGUGUAUAGCAUG